CGAGAGAUUGGAACGAGAAGCCGGUGUCUACCCAGCGUGUUUUCAGGCUCUGAGGAAGGUGAGGACGCUCGGGGCGUCUCGAGCACCUGACUGGGCUUAACGGCCCUCUUUGAAGCCACUCUCGUCUUCCGUCCUCUCGCUCCGGUCCCGGCGCCGUCCUUGGUACGCCUGGGAAAGUCAGUGUGAGGGGCCGCGGCGGCAGGGCCCCUGCACGCGGCGUGCCUGAAGCCGGGACUCGUCUGCCGCCUCUUUCCGCGUGAAACCCGGAGCUGGCAUCGGGACCGCCGGUUUACUCAUAGCCAUCGGUGGUGACCUUGAGUCUCUUCCAGGCAGUUGGCGGAAAGCACCAAAGUAGCAUUUAGGUCCAGCAGCUCUGCAGGAAUGGCUGAGUUUGGGAUCUCCCCUGGCCAGCUUGUGGCAGUGUUCUGGGACAAGUCAUCUUCUGAAGAGGCCCUUAAAAAACUGGUGGAUAGAGUUCAAGGGUUAACUGGCAGCGAGGGCCAAGUAUUCGUGGAAAACAUCACCCAGCUGUUGCAGUCUGCCCAUAAGGAAUCCAGCUUCGAUGUCAUUCUGUCCGGUGUAGUCCCAGGAAGCACCUCUCUGCACAAUCCUGAGGCUCUGGCUGAGAUGGCCCGGAUCCUCCGGCCAGGGGGGUGUCUUUUUCUGAAAGAACCAGUGGAGACAACUGGAGUUAACAAUGACAAAAUAAAGACAGCCUCUAAGCUGUGUUCAGCCCUGACUCUUUCUGGCCUUGUGGAAAUAAAAGAGUUGCAGCGGGAGGCCUUAAGCCCUGAGGAGGCGCAGUCCGUGCAGGAGCACCUGGGCUACCACAGUGACAGCCUGCUCUCAGUCCACGUCACAGGCAAGAAGCCAAACUUUGAAGUGGGUUCUUCUAGCCAGCUAAAGCUUCUCCACAAGAAGUCGUCUUCAGUGAAGCCUGUUGUGGAUCCUGCUACUGCCAAGCUCUGGACCCUGUCAGCCAAUGACAUGGAGGAUGACAGCAUGGAUCUCAUUGACUCAGAUGAGCUGCUAGAUCCAGAAGAUUUGAAGAAGCCUGAUCCAGCGUCUCUGAAGGCGCCUUCAUGUGGGGAAGGGAAAAAGAGGAAGGCCUGUAAGAACUGCACCUGUGGCCUGGCAGAGGAACUGGAGAGAGAGCAGUCCAAGGCGCAGAGCUCUCAGCCCAAGUCAGCCUGUGGAAAUUGCUACCUGGGAGAUGCUUUCCGAUGUGCCAACUGCCCCUACCUUGGGAUGCCAGCCUUCAAGCCUGGAGAGCAGGUCCUGCUGAGCAGUAGCAACCUCCAGGAUGCCUAGGAGGAAGCCCAAGCCCACACACCUCCUCCUCCAGUCGACUCCUGCCCCUCAGUGCCUGCCACGGCCUCCUCCCAUCCCUGGAUUCAAUCACUCUGAAAACAUUCACAGGGAGAGGCUUGUAGCAGAGCGAAGCUGCUUGGGGCAGUGGGGUGUGGUGCUGCUAUGUCUUGAAAGACCAAGGUAUGAGGGACCUGCCUUCUUAGUGUUAGGAGGAGGAGAUGUACCAUAGGAACUCUGCUCCUGGUGUUACAGUGCUGACCCUCUCCACCCUUGAGUCUAGACAUCCUUGAAUAUUUAUGCUGAAUAAGCUCCAGGUCCACUCAGUGAUGCUACCACUUGCUGAACUUCCUCAGUCCGUAUUACUUGGAGCCAUGGGUCAGCUGUAAAAGGGCCUCAGGGGCACCAAAGAAGUCACUCCCUUAGUUGUCAUGAUCCAUCUUGUGUCCUGCCUUUCUCACCUCACCCCAUUUUACUGUAGUGUUGUAUCUGUGUCCUGUUGUCAUUUCUGUUAAAUAGGUAUUAAAUUUUUGUGUUUCUGUCUCCCUUUUACUUUGUGUCUCUGUGUCUGUGUGAGGCAGGGGUAUGUGUCAGCCAUCCACAUUCAACUUGAACUAUGAAAAUUGUUUUUGAAGAAGUCUGCGUCACACAGGAGUGGGGCCAGAGCUGCCUUUGGAGAUUAAGAGCCAGGCUGAGGAGAAUGCAGUUUAGGGCAGCCUGGACCAGCAGCAAGGAGUAUCAGAGCAGGAGACCCUCUGCAGUCUCCCUCCUGCCUCUGCCCACAUACCUGUAGUCCACCGUGCCUGCUCUUUCCUCUCCUUGAAACUUGAUCUUCCUAACUUGCCUUUGCUUCUGCUGAAGUUUAGCUGUGGGUGUGGUAAAAAGCCCCUUUGAGAAGCAGAAUUUCUGUUGACCCCUGUGACCCUUGGCCACAAAGUAUUGAGGUACAUAGUUAGCCCCACUAAAAAAAGUGGGGGCUAUAGCCCCACAACCACAAGGAACUUGGUUCUGUCAGUACUGUGCCAGCUUGGAAGAGGACUUAUUUUCAAAUAAGAACACAAGGCCUUGUUUUUGAUUCCUAGUACCAAAACCAAAAAAGGUAUUCUCAGGCCAGAGCAAUUGACUGAAAAGCCAAGAUAAUAAGUGGGUGUGUGACUGACUGAUUUGUCACACAGCAACAAAAACUAACAGCCCCAAAUAGGUUUAGGUUAGCGCUGACCAACUGGCCCAGCCACAGACCUGCUGAUGCCUCUACUGCAGUUGCCGCUGUGAGAGACAAACAUUUUGGCCUCUGGGUUGAGGAGAAGCUCCUGGGCCAGAGCUUCCUUCAGACCUGCUUGUUGACUCCUAGCUCUGAUCGGCACAAAGGAUAACGGUUUGAUUCGCAUGGUCAAUAGGAUCCUGGUGGGCAGUCUUUCUGUCCUUCCACAAGGAUGGGAAGGAACUCGUCCAGUUCAGUCAGGUCCUCGGCUGGUGGAGAGAACCCGUGCCCGGAGCACAUGUAGGCCUUUACCUGGCUACCAUUGCACGCUGAGGAAUUUGGAGUGUGUGUGGCGGGGCACAGCUGUUUCUCUGUCCAGACUCUUGAUUCUGUGACAGUAGCCUAAGGAACAGUUUCAGCCAUUUGUAAGCUUACAGUAAAGAAUCCAAAAACAGUGUUAGCUGUCACUGAAUUCAACCUCCAUCUCCCUCCCCUCCUCCUCUCUUCCCCCUGUCUGAAACAAGCUCUGGCUACAGGAGCCUGAAUCUCACAGUGCAGAUCAAACUAGCCUGCAGCACACGGUGACCCUCAGGCUCCCAGAUACUGGCAUUACAAGCAUGUCCCAUCAUGUCAAACCUGGCUUUAAAAAAAGGUUUUCAUUUUAUGUGUGUGUCUGCAUAUAUGUCUGUGCACCAGGUUUGUACGGUGCCCAUGGAGCCCAGAAGAGAGUAUCACAUCCUCUGGACUGAGCUGCUAUGUAGGUGCUGGGAAUCAAACUUACGUCCUCCCUAGAGGCAGCUAAGUUCUCCUAACCAUUGAGGAUUCCUCCGGCUCCCUGGCUUCUUAACUCUAAGGUCUUUGGCUUAGAGUCUGGUAGUGUGCACUCUAUCUCGCCUCGUUCUGAAAUCACUUGGUUGGUAUAGGCAACAGAGGCAAGCCACAUCUUUCCUCCGUUUUGGUGACAGCUGGGCCUUAAGGGGGCCUAGAGCUGAAGCAUGAGGGGAAUGAGUGAGACGGCCUGCCAUUGCCUGAAGCUUAUAGUUCUCUGAUGUUACAAAAUGUUGCUUCACCCAGUAUGUGGUGAUGGGGAUUAUUCGGAAGGCUAAGCAGAAACCCUACCAGAUAAGGGUGGAGGUGUGGCCAGGCGGGACACAGCAGGAUUUAUUUGGACAGUUCAACACUGGCUGAACAUGAUAAUCACCGGGCAGCUUCCAAAAAUAAAAAUAACGUCCUGUGCCUGGGUUUUAUUUACAAAGACCAGUUAAAUCAGAAUCUCUGGAGUCAGCAGUGUUUUGCGAGGCUUUCCCAGGUGAUUCUAAAGUGCAUUCUGUGUUAGAGAAGACUUUUCCCACACAGCAGAAGACAAGGUAAAAAAACACCCCAGCCAGGGAUUGUGGUGCACACCUGUAACUCCAGCACUCCAGAGGCUGAGGCAGGAAGAUUGAAAGUUUAAAGUAGCCUGAGCCAAAGGUCUAGUCAGGCUAGGCCACAUAAUGAGACUGUUGAAAACCAAAAAUCCUAAGCAAGAACCUAGGGUGCAGGCAGGUGGCCCUUAAGAGCGAGAGGGACUGGAGAGAUGGCUCAGUGGUUAAGAGCACUGACUGCUCUUCCAGAGGUCCUGAGUUCAAUUCCCAGCAACCACAUGGUGGCUCACAACCAUCUGUAAUGGGAUCUGAUGCCCUUCUGGUGAGUCUGAAGACAGCUACAGUGCACAUAAAUAAAUAAUU